AGAAUGUAUACGGCAAGAAGCAGGAAGUAAACAUGACGAUAUAUUUUGCCAUACAGGUCGUGCAAUUUAUAUAGAAAAUGUUACUCACAUAAGAUGUGACUAUGAUGAAUAUGAAUAUGACUAUGACUAUGAUUGUUACUGUGAGGAAACGAUACCAAAAGAAGAUUGGAGGAAUGAUUUGAUAUAUUGUAAUGGCAACAACCAUUGUGAGUUGACUGCUAAGUCAAGUUUCUGCAUAUCUUGUAUUUUCUGUACUGGCUUUGAAGAAAUAUGCUACAAAUGUUACAAAUCUAUCAGGCAAUGUACUGGGACAAAUAUGACUUUGGCGUGUGGAAGUGACCACAUCAACAUGAUAUCAGUGAUACAUGGCAUAAUUGAACAAUGUCCUAAUGGCGAGGCAAGGUGCCGAAUUGAAAACGUAAAACGUCUUGGUGCGCUUAAACAAAUCUGUGAUGGUCAGGCAAUUUGUAAUAUAACAGCUACUCCUAUCGGUAGAUGUAGAUGGGUUUCCCAUACAAAACGAAAUUAUGAACAAAUAUUAUAUGAAUGCAUUCCUAGACAGACAACAACAAGAAGAAGGCAACAAACAUCACUAGGUACGACAUCGUUACAUACAACAGACGAUUCACCAACAGAAGAAAUAGUUACAAGAAGAGGAACAACAGAAGAUUAUCAACGUACAACAGCAAGACAGGCAUCGUCUGUUUCAACACCAAAUGAUGGAUCUACUACUAUAACAGAAGAUAGUCCAAUUACAUCUGAUGAGAUAAAACCUGACCCAACCACAGAUAAUGAGAGCACCUUGAAGCAACGUGGAUCAGAAGUCAUAAGU